AUGCCUUCCUCUCCCACAAGGAGACCUCAACAACCUGCUCCUCAAGUAGUUGUUUCGCGCUCGGACCUGCAGGACACAGCAGAUGACUUCCAACGAAGGAGAAGGCAAGCUGCAGCUUCGCCGAGGGCCCAUCACUCUUCAAGAGCGCAGCCUAAGCUGUAUAACCCCGACACUGACCCAUUUCCAAUCCGUCGAACUGCCGAACCAGAGGUCAUUUCGGAUACGACCAGUAGCGCAUAUGCUCCCAAGAAUGCAAUGGCUUCUGUAGAGAGAGGUGCACACCACGGCCGCCUGUUUGAUUAUCGUAAGGACGAUCCCGUCCGGUUUCAUGCGCUCAGGUCCGCUCCUGCGAACGGAAAUAAACCAACUCCCACACCCAAGUCGUCGGGAGACUACGUUUCGGCUUCCUCCACGUCUUCAUAUGCGCACUCAAUUACCUCUUCGAGUUUCACCCUCAACUCCACCACCGAUGGUUCUUCGGCAUCUUCUGCACUCUUCGAUGAGCAACCUCGAGAACACGCAAGCUCUAGCGCCUUUGCGCAGCAGUUGAAGAAGCUGUACAGGGGCAUCUCAAAUCUGGAAUCUCGCUUGCUUAGAGAAGAUGCUAAGGACGCUGCGGACGAGGCUCGGAUAACGCUCAAACGUCCAAAUGAAGCAAUUGAAGAGCCCGAGGAAGCAGAGAAGGAAAAAUGGCGCAAGUUUGUUGCGGAUUACAAGGAACUCGCUGAAUCAAUGCACAAUCUUCUUGUUCUUACUCUUGGACCGCAAGUUCCAGCGUCCCUCAGGAAUAUACCAACGAAAUAUAACAUCAUCAUUCGUUUAUGGACCCAUGCAUUCAACCGACCACUCGAAACUCUCCGCCGUGCAUCGUUUCAUUCCGCCAUCGCCCUCGAACAUCUACAGGAAUUCAUCAUAUAUGCAUACACAUUCUACUCUAUGCUUCUAGAGGAGCAGACGCUUGAAAGCUUCAAAUCUGGGUGGCUUGAAGCUUUGGGUGAUCUCGCGCGAUACCGCAUGGCCAUUGCUGCGAUGACGACACCCUCUACUGCGCUCACCGGCUCGAGCGAGUUUGUGCCGGUGAAUCAGCAAAUGUUGGCUGCCCAGACUCAGCCGGAUGAGUCGAUAGCGCGUAUCGAUGACUCGCCAGGCCCAAGCGUAGGCGUUGCUGCGGCACGGGCGCUCGAACUUGAACCCGAGAAAGAACGGUGGCGCUCAAUCGCGCGUGACUGGUACGCUGCGGGCCUGGCUGAUAUGCCAGGGACAGGUAAACUACAUCAUCACCUUGGACUAUUAAGCCGGGAUGUCGAAACGGAGGAGCUGCGGGCAGUAUAUCACUUUUGCAAGAGUAUGACUACCCUCCACCCGUUCCCGACAUCCCGAGAAUCAGUUCUGCAACUCUGGUCAGUUGCUGCGCAGACGAAGCGAUCAAUGCCGGAUUCCUCUGUAGAAGACCUUUUUGUGCUUUUGCACGGCAUGCUCUUUACCAAUGUGCAAUUGGACGAUUUCCCGCCAACUCUGGCCCGCUUCAUGGAGCGGCUCCAGAUAGAGGGUGCAGAAGAACGGGUCUGGAUUAUGAUGGCAGUCAUCAAUAUCUCGGCCCUGCUCGAGUAUGGAAAACCGACUGGCGUGCUCCGAAGCACUGGAGGCAUUGGAAGUGGGGCCUCGGGUAGCAAGGAUAUGUCUUCCGCCGCACAAGCUGCAGCUGCGAGUGCGAAGGUCAACAUGCUGGUAAAGAAGGUUGAUGAAAUGGAGGUCGAUGACGGUGAAAACGGUGGUGCUUCUCCCGUGAUGCGCGAAGAUAUCAACGUGAAGAGCAAUGGUGUUCUCAAUGUAUCUCCGAUGCUAGUCAAUACCCAAGCAGUUUCCUCGGAACAGAAUGAGGUCCCUCUGGCAUUUAAAUAUGCCUUGCAGCUCACCUUCGAGAUGUUUGCCUUCACGCUUCGACAUCCUACUCGUAAAGCGACGCCGUUUUCCCGACCCUCUUUAAACCCCUACAACACGGUGAUCCUCACGUUCCUUGCGACAGUUAUGAAGCAUCCUGCCGUCCAAAGAGCACUGGAACGCGCUAUUCCAUGGCAAGAACUUGCCGCUUUCUUCAGUAGGAUCCCUCCGAGUGACGUCCCUCAGAUUGAGAGCGGUGUCCGAUUGACCAGCGGAUGCACACCACUCCCAGAAGACUGGUGUCUUCGGGGAAUGGAGUGGGGCGGACGCCGUGUUUAUGAACGAGGAUUCUGGAAGGGUGGCGAAGAUCGGCAUAUGGAACUCGAGAUUCUCGACACGCGCGAGGACAAAGAAGGCCUUACGGAUGGUGUUAUCGAAAGCGAUGAUGAGACAGAAAAAUCGACAAAACAGGGAGGCAAGAGUACGCGUUGGGUGAGAAUUGCUCGUGCAGCUGGUAUCUUUACGAAGAUUGUUCCCGGUUUCAGCUGGAACGCAGUGACGCGUGCUUUCGGGGUCUCUGGAGUUUUGGAUGAGAAAGUGAUGAGAUGGAUCGAAGAAGACAGACUUGAACGCGAGGAAGAGGAACGAAGACGGAGUAGGCGUCCAUGGACAUCUGAUGAAAUGGAUGUCGACGAGGAUAAUGGCGCAUUUGCUGACGAUGUUUCGGACGAUGACAGCGAGAGCUCGAGUGACAGCGAAGAAAGCGAGGAAGUGAAAGUUCUUAAGGCAAGACGCCGUGAGCUUCUCCGAAUGCUUCGAACGACGAAAGACAUUGCAAGAUCGCGCGCCCGACCUCGACGACCUCGACCCCGUACAUCGCAACGACGCGCACUGCGAGUCGUGCCUGGGUAUACUGUACUUGUCAUUGACACGAACUUCCUUUUGUCCUCCCUAUCCAUGUUUGCCACCCUUGUUGACUCCAUGAAGUGGACCAUCCUUGUUCCUCUUGCAGUCAUCACGGAGUUAGAUGGCAUUGCGACGAACCCAUCAACUCUUGGCGAAGCCGCCACUGCUGCGAUCUCAUACAUUACUUCGCAUAUCCGUACACACUCACGUUCGUUGAAAGUCCAGACGUCGAAAGGGAAUUACUUGCAAAAUCUGAACGUUCGCAGCGAACAAAUUGACUUCGUGUCGGACUCAUGGGAACGGAGUAUGGAUGACCUGAUUCUCCGCGCGACAGUUUGGCAAGAUGACCAUUGGGUUGAUCGAUCUGCCAUCUUGGAAUCCCCCAACCGCGAUACUUCUGGUGCUGCUAAAGUCGUCCUCAUUAGCUUCGAUCGUAAUUUACGUUUGAAAGCGCGUGCUAGACAGCUUGAUGCAGCCGAUGAACGUGACAUGGCCGAGAUUUUGAAGGCUGGUUCUUGA